GUCACGUCAUAGUUAUUUCCGGGUUGGGACCGGAAGUAGGUAGAACAUUGAACUGUUUGGAAGAGCUCGGCAGAAAAUGAACACUCGUGGUCUUCGCUCUCAGCUGAAAGACAGUGUCCCUGUGGCGGGGCUUUGUCCGCAGGCAGGAUCUUUUGGUGUCCCUGAUACACUGCGCAGGGGGUUUUCCAGUGUCAAAAAUGAGCUUCUCCCUUCUCAUCCUUUAGAAAUCUCUGAGAAAAACUUCCAACUUAACCAGGACAAAAUGAACUUUUCCACAUUAAGGAACAUCCAAGGACUUCAUGCACCCCUAAAGCUCCAGAUGGAGUACAGAGCAGCCAGACAGAUUCAGCGUUUGCCUUUUCUGCCGAGCUCCAACCUGGCCGUGGAUACACUCAGGGGUGCUGAUGAGUCCAUCGGGUUUGAGGAUAUCCUUAACGAUCCCGCACAGUGUGAGCUGAUGGGCGAGCCUCACAUCAUGACAGAGUACAAACUUGGCCUGUUGUGAAGCCUUUGUUCAUGUACAACAUGCUUUAAGUUUUUAUUAGAAACAGAGCCGACUCCCUUUGGGUCACUGAAAGUUUGGACAGUUUUGUCCUGUUUUGUGUUUUUUCCUGUUCAUAAUAAAAAUUUAAAGCAAUUUAA